UCGAAACGUGUGGUUCUUUGACAAGAAAAUAGAUGUCAUGGAGACUUCAAUAGAACCAUCAAAAAGUGUGGAAAUCGAACCAGCACUUGCUGUAGUAGCUACACCAGUCACUGUUCAAGCUGUUGUACCACCACUCGUAACAACUGUCCCUGUUGUAGCAUCGGUUCCUGUGGAGUCCGUUGUAGCUUCAGUAGAGCCAACAGCAACACCAGCCGCACCUGUCUCCGCUCCGACACCAGUUAUUGUUGGAGCUGUCGUACUAUCAGAAGCAGUACAUCCAGUCGCAACAUCCGUACCUAUUCCAGCACUGGUUCCUGUCGAGUCCGUGGUAGCUCCUGAAGCGGCAACACCAACACCAGCGGCACCUUUUCCAGCCGCUACACCAGUCACUGUUGAAGCUGUUGCACCACCAGUCGCAACAGCAGUCCCUGUUGUAGCAUCGGUUCCUGUGGAGACCGUUGUAGCUCAACUAGCACCAACACCAGCAGCACCUGUUACUACCGCUACUCCUGUCACUGUUGAAGCUAUUGCACCAUCAGACGCUCCAACACCAGCGGCGCCUGUCCUCGCUCCAACACCAGUCAUUGUUGAAGCUGUCGUACAACAAGAAGCAGUACUUCCAGUCGCAACAGACGUCCCUGUUGCAGCACCGAUUUCUGUGGAGUCCGUGGUGGCUCCAGUAGCGCCAACUCCAACACUAGCGGCACCAGUUUCUGCUGCAACACCAGUCCCUGUUAGAGCUGUGGUCCCUAUUGCAGCACCGGUUCCUGUAGAGUCUGUGGUAGCGCCAACAUCAACACCAGUGACACCUGUUCCUGCCACUACACAAGUAACUGUUGAAGCUGAGGUACCACUAGUCGCAACUACCGUCCCUGUUGCAGUACAGGUUCCUGUUGAUACCGUUGAAGCUCCAGUAGAGCCAACACCAGCACCAACGGCACCUGUUGCCGCCGCUACACCAGUCGCUGUUGAAUUUGCCGUAUCACCAGUCGCAACGGCCAUCCCUGUUGCAGUACCGGUUCAUCUAGAAUCCGUGGUAGCUCCAGUGGAGUCAACACCAACACCAACGGCACCUGUUCCCGCCGCUACACCAGUCGCUGUUGAAGUUGCCGUAUCACCAGUCGCAACGGCCAUCCCUGUUGCAGUAACGGUUCCUGUUGAGACCGUAGUAGCUCCAGUAGAGCCAACACCAACACCAGCGGCACCAGUUCCUGCUGCAACACCAGUCACUGCUGAAGCUGUCAUAUCACCAGUCGCAACGGACAUCCCUGUUACAGCACCGGUUCCUGUUGAGACCGUGGAGCCAACACCAACACCAGCGGCACCUGUUCCCGCCGCUACACCAAUCGCUGUUGAAGCUGUCGCACCACCAGAAGUAGUACUUCCAGUCGUAACUGCCAUCCCUGUUGCAUCACCGGUUCCUGUGGAGUCCGUAAUAGCGCCAACACCAACACCAGUGAUACCUCUUCCAGCCGCUUCACCAGGAACUGUUGAAGCUGCCGUAUCCCCAGUCGCAACGGCCAUCCCUGUUGCAGUAGCGGUUCCUGUUGAGACCGUGGUAGCUCCAGUAGAGCCAACACCAACACCAGCGGCACCAGUUCCUGCUGCAACACCAGUCACUGCUGAAGCUGUCAUAUCACCAGUCGCAACGGACAUCCCUGUUACAGCACCGGUUCCUGUUGAGACCGUGGAGCCAACACCAACACCAGCGGCACCUGUUCCCGCCGCUACACCAAUCGCUGUUGAAGCUGUCGCACCACCGGAAGUAGUACUUCCAGUCGUAACGGCCAUCACUGUUGCAGUACCGGUUCCUGUUGAGACCGUGGUAGCUCCAGUAGAGCCAACACCAACACCAGCGGCACCAGUUCCUGCUGCAACACCAGUCACUGCUGAAGCUGCCGUAUCCCCAGUCGCAACGGCCAUCCCUGUUGCAGUACCGGUUCCUGUUGAGACCGUGGUAGCUCCAGUAGAGCCAACACCAACACCAGCGGCACCAGUUCCUGCUGCAACACUAGUCACUGCUGAAGCUGUCAUAUUACCAAUCGCAACGGACAUCCCUGUUACAACACCGGUUCCUGUUGAGACCGUGGUAGCUCCAGUGGAGCCAACACCAACACCAGCGGCACCUGUUCCCGCCGCUACACCAAUCGCUGUUGAAGCUGUCGCACCACCAGAAGUAGUACUUCAAGUCGUAACGGGCAUCCCUGUUGCAGCACCGGUUCCUGUGGAGUCCGUGAUAGCGCCAACACCAACACCAGUGAUACCUCUUCCUGCCGCUUCACCAGUAACUGUUGAAGCUGCCGUUUCCCCAGUCGCAACGGCCAUCCCUGUUGCAGUAGCGGUUCCUGUUGAAACCGUGGUAGCUCCAGUAGAGCCAACACCAACACCAGCGGCACCAGUUCCUGCUGUAACACCUCUCACUGUUGAAGCUACCGUAUCACCUGUCGCAACGGCCAUCCCUGUUGCAGAACCAGUUCCUGUGGAGUCCGUUGUAGCUCCAGUAGAGCCAAUACCAGCGGCAUCUGUUCCCGCUGCAACACUAGUCACUGUUGAAGCUGUCGUACCACCACUCGCAACGGACAUCCCUGUUACAGCACCGGUUCCUGUGGAGUCCGUGGUAGCUCCAUUAGAGCCGACUCAAACACCAGUGGCUCAUGUUCCUGCCGCUACACCAGUCACUGUUGAAGCUGUUACACCACCAGUCGCAACAGCCGUCCCUGUUGUAGCAUCGGUUCCUGUGGAGUCUGUUGUAACUCCAGUAGAGGUAAUACCAGCGGCACCAGUUCCCGCGCCAACACCAGUCACUGUUGAAGUUGCCGUCCCACCAGAAGCAGUACUUCCAGUCGCAACUUCCGGACCUGUUCCAGCACUGGUUCCCGUCGAGUCCGUGGUAGCUCCUGAAGCGCCAACACCAACACCAGCGGCACCUUUUCCAGCCGCUACAUCAGUCACUGUUGAAGCUGUUGCAUCACCAGUCGCAACAGCAGUCCCUGUUGUAGCAUCGGUUCCUGUGGAGUCCGUUGUAGCUCCAGUAGAGCUAAUACCAGCGGCACCUGUUCCCGCGCCAACACCAGUCAUUGUUGAAGUUGCCGUCCCACCAGAAGUAGUAGUUCCAGUCGUAACGGCCGUCCCUGUUGCAGCACCGGUUCCUGUCGAGUCCGUGGUAGCUUCAGUUGAGCCAACACCAACGGCACCUGUUCCUGCUGCAACAACUCUCACUGUUGAAGUUGCUGUAUCACCAGUCGCAACACCCGUCCCUGUUGUAGCAUCGGUUCCUGUCGAGUCCGUGGUAGCUUCAGUUGAGCCAACAUUAGCACCAGCAGCACCUGCUCCUGCCGCUACACCUGUCACAGUUGAAGUUGCCGUAUCACCAGUCGCAAGGGCCAUCCUUGUUGGAGCAUCCGUUCCUGUGGAGACCGUGGUAGCUCCAGUAGAGCCAAUACCAGCGGCAUCUGUUCCCGCUGCAACACCAGUCACUGUUGAAGCUGUCGUACCACCAGUCGCAACGGCCAUCCCUGUUGCAGCACCGGUUCCUGUUGACACCGUGGUAGCUCCAGUAGAGCCAACACCAACACCAACGGCACCUGUUCCUGCUGCAACACCAGUCACUGUUGAAGCUGUCGUACUAGAAGAAGCAGUACUUCCAGUCACAAAUAUACCUGUCUCUGUUGAAGCUGCUAAAGCUCAAGAAGCUGAACCCGACGCAGCACUGGCUCCAGGAGAGCCCUUGGUAACUUCUGUAGUUCCAACACCUCCUGUGACAACCGUUGAUCCUGUUGUCGCACCGGUUUCAGGGGAGUCCGCAAUAGUUCUUGUAUCUCCCCUUCAGGAGACACCUGUCUCUGUCGCUGCACCAGUUUUUGUUGAAGAUGUCGUAACACUAAAAACAGUACCUCCAGUCGCAACAGACGUCUCUGAUGUCGUACCGGUUUCAGCAGAGUCCGAGGUAGUUUCAAUACCUUUAGAGAGACCUGUUCCUGACACUUCAACUAUUACUGUUGAAGCAGUGCCUCCAAAUACAGUUGCAGAACCAGUUUCAACAGAGUCCGCGGCGACUCCAGAAGCACAACCACUUGAGAAAACUGCAUCCGUUGCAACACAAGAAGCGUCGCAAUUAAUAGAAAAUAAUCGUAGAGCCCCAGAAGAAAAAUGCUUGCCGGCUUUAGAAUCUGUUGCCUCUCCAGGAGAAAUGUUAGGUACUACAACUCAACAACCAGUAGUGGAAACACCAGUUUCCGAAUCGGAUCCAGCUGAAGUUGAAAUGGAAGCUUUAGUAACUGCCCAGAACCAGACUAAAGUCGCUAAUCAGAUUCCAAAUGUAAAUGCAGAUAUCGUGCCAAUUGCAAAGAUUUAUCCAACACGAAGGGAUCUAAAUACAAACGAUGUAUCACUUUUAGCCAUAGCAGCAACUUUGGAUUCAAUUGCAGAUAAACUAAAGGAUCAAAGAGCCAGGAACCAAGAAGUUCUCGACCGCAUAUGCGAAAUUGAGAAGAUUCUGGGUGUGACAAAAAACUAAAGUCCAUUUAUUAUUAAAUUACUAAUUGCAUAUUAUUGACAUAUACAACGAAAUAAAGAAUGAUAACCGUAUAAAAAUAAACUAUCGAAUUUG